AUGGCAACAGACGACAGCAAAGACGUGUCCAAGGUGUCGGCCAACGAGGCGGCGAUGGAGACGGUGCAGCGGACGGAGUCCAACACGGACACGCAGGCGAUCGACGUGGACCUGGGCUAUCUGGCCGGCAGCAAGUGGGCGCGGAUAUACCGCAGCGUGCUGUUCCAGAUGGUGAUGAUGGGGGCGCUCUCGUUUGUGGGCCCGGCGAUGGCGGACGCGAUCUCGAACCUGGGGGGCGGCGGGCUGUCGACGCCGUAUCUGGCCAACCUAGCGAACUCGGUGGACUAUGCGUCGGGCUGUGUGGUGACGCUCUUUGGGGGGCCGCUGAUCAACAAGCUGACGAUCAAGUGGAGCUGCCUGAUUGCGGCGGUGGUGUUUCCGCUGUCGGCAUCGGGCUACUACGUCAGCGCGCGGUACUCGAUCGACUGGUACCUGCUCUUUGUCAAGAUCCUGGGCGGGUUCACGAGCGGGUUCCUGUAUGUGGCCGAGACGGCGGCGAUGCUGUCGUAUCCGCACCAGGACGACCGGGGGCUGUACCUGGGGAUCUGGUCGGCGAUGCGCAACUCGGGCAGCGUGAUCGGGGGAGCGAUCAACUUUGGGACCAACUACUCGCGGUCGAGCGCGGGCGGCAUCGCGUGGUCGACCUACCUCAUCUUUGUGGGGUUCGCCUGCACGGGCUUCAUCUGGGCGCUGCUGCUGACGCAGACACGGCAGGUGCGACGCAAGGACGGCACGCGUGUGCCGACGGCCGAGAACGCCAGCUGGAAGGCCGAAUUCGCGGCACUCUGGCAGCACAUGCGGCGUCCCAAGACCUGGCUCGUCUUUCUGCCGGCCUUUUACUCCUUCUUCUACGGCGGCACGAUGGGCACGUACCUGUCGCUGCAUUUUUCGGUACGGUCACGGGCGCUCUCGUCGCUCAUCACGCCGUCGCUCACGAUCGUCAUGGUGCUCGCGUACGGCCGACUGCUGGACGCGCGCUCGCUCUCGCAGAAGCGGCGGGCGUGGAUCGCGUUUGUGCUUUGGGCGGUGCCGCAAGCGGCCUGCUUCGUCUGGAUCGGCGUGGAGUACGGCAAGUUUGGCCGCGGCAAGUACCAUCUCGACUACCAACUCGACAGCCGGCGCUGGGCCGAGGCGUACUUGCCAUACCUCUUCAUCUUCACGACCGGCUACUGGACACAGCUGUCGCUCUACUGGACCCUGGGCACCUUCUCGACCGACGCCAAGUCAGGCGCCCGCACCGGUGGCCUCUUCCGCGCGUUUGAGACGGCCGGCCAGGCGGUCUCGUACGCCAUCAACUCACACUACGGCGGCGACCCGCGCAAGCCGUUCUUUGUCAACUGUGCGCUGCUGGCGGUGGCUAUGCCGAGCAUGGUGUUUCUGAUCCGCCUGGUGCCCGAGCAGCCGGCCGAGUUUGAUCUGGACGCGAUCGCCUUUGAGGAGGAGCACGAUAAGCGGGUGGAAGAUUGA